AUGACGAUGUACGGGGCGCCGAUCUGGGGCGACAAUCUGUUGCCAAAAAAUCGUCUCGUACUGGGAAGGAUCCAAAGGGUGAUGGCGACGCGGGCAGUGCGCGGAUACCGCACGAUAUCCAAGGAUGCGGCAUGCCUGCUCGCGGGUGCCACCCCAUGGGACUUAGACGCCAAAGCCCUCGCCGACGAACGGCUGCAAGAGCCGCAAGUGAGUGUCAACCUAGUACUGGCCAUCCGCCCAGUGCUAAGGGACUGGAUCAGCAGAGAGACCGGCGCCCUCUCCUUCCGAUUGACGCAGGUACUGACCGGGCACGGAUGCUUCGGUCGGUACCUUUGCGAGAUCGUUGGAAGAGAGGAAACACCAAGCUGCCAUCACUGCGACGCGGAUAGGGACACGGCUGAGCAUACCCUGACAGCCUGUCCCUCCUGGAGUGGACAACGGACGGCCCUCAGGGCUGUCAUUGGCAAUGACAUCUCACUGCCAGCACUGAUCCGCUCGAUGCUGUGCGGUGAGGAGGAGUGGAGGGCGGUCGAACACUUCGCAGAGGAGGUGAUGACUGCCAAGGAAGAGGCCGAGCGCACGAGAGAAAGGGAGGCGCUCGACUCUAGAAGACGGCCCAGGCGGAGACGUCGCGCCCACAACGGCGACAACCUCCCGCCAUAG